CACUGACUCAGGCCUGUACACAGACAGACAGUCGGCUGCCAAAUCAUAAUCAGUGUCGCUCUGAGUGAGGCCUCUGACAUGGAGCUCCACAGUGUGCAUAAAACCUUUCAUCACAGCCACCUGGGUGAGGAGAAGCACCAGAUGCUGAACCUGAACCGACGCCUGGAGACCUACCUGAGCCGGGUCAAACUCCUGGAGGAGGAAAAUGCGCUGCUUGCAAAGGACAUCCAAGCUCUGAGACGCACCAAUCAUGGAGUCUCGACGCGAAGGAAGGGCCUGGAGGAAGAGCUGCAGCAGGCGAGGCUGGAGGUGGAUGCAGCCUGGAGGGACAGGGUCCACACAGAGAUGGAGGUCGGCAGGCUGGCCGCGGAGCUCCAAGCCCUGGACCUGCACAGGCAGAGGGAGGCUCAGGCCCAUGUGGAGGCCAAGAUGAAGCUGGAGCAAAGCAGGAAGGAGCUGCAGGAGGAACAGAGGGCGCAGACCUGGCUGAGGGAGAAGGUCGCUCAGCUGGAGUAUGAGAUGAGGCACCUAAUUCAAACCCAUCAGGAGGACGUGGCCCACUUGGAGGCCACUUUGGCCCAUUCCAGAGCCACAGCGCCACCCACACUGGCUCCAAGGGGACACCAGACACCAAACCUCCUACAGCUGGGACAGGAGUACUCCCAGAGGGCCACCAGAGCAUGGCAGGAGGCAGCAGAGGCCUAUCAGGGGCAGCUAGCUCGGCUGGAGGAGUCACUUAACCAGGCCAGGAGCCGUUUAACCCAAGCGGGUCAGGAGAAGAGCGAGAGCCAGCUGCAGCUCCGAGCCCUGCAGAAGGAGAUCGCCUCGGCUCAGGACGUCAGGCUGCAUCUGGAGAAGAGGGCAGCCCAGCAGGAAAACACCUACAGGACGGAGAUCCAGCAGCUCCAGGAGCACUUUGAGGGGCUGGAGGUGGAGAAAGAGGAGCUGGGCCAGCAGAUCGAUCACAUCCUCCUGGAGAACCGAGGCCUGCAGCAGGUGAAGAUGUCUCUGGGCCUGGAGGUGGCGACGUACAGAGCUUUGCUGGACGGUGAAAGCCUCAGGGGAGACAUCUCUUUAAUAAAUCAGCCAAGACACAUUUCCAUCACAGAAGCAGUUUUCAGUCCUCAAGGGGUUAAGAAGAAUUACCAGACCCAGCUGUCCACCAGCCACAAGACCACUUCCCCCUCAUCUGUUCGUGGCACAACAGGAACAAGACCGACAUCGAUAACCACGACACCAAGCUGGAGCAGAAAACCUGUAAUCCUCUCUGAAACUCCAAAGGUUUCUGUGAAAGCUGCACAUGAAGACACAACAAAGUCAGCAGCAUGGGAAACCCCUUAUCCAAAAAUACUGCAGGAUGGAGCCGUUGAAAAUUUCCGACCACAGGAGGUUCAUGAGAAAGUCACCUAUGCUGAGCCUCUGUCACCUCCUAAUGAGCAGGAGGCUCCUGCUGAAACAGCAGCAGAGGACAGAGAAGGUGGAGAGCGCCGGAGCAACGCUGGUGUUGAAGCUCCUGAGGAAACAGCAGCGGUUGAGUCACUCGUCAGCCAUCAGGUUGAGUCUGGCCUCAACACCGAGCCACCCAUCAAUGAUGAGUUUCCCACAACCAACGUUGCACCAAGCCACGUGAGAAUGACAGCGGAGCCCCGUGGUUUCUCAGACGAACCUGAUCAAGGUGUGCCUUUCGAAAUAUCUGCUGAAAGGGAAGAUGUGCAAGAGCCACACGCUCCGAUUGAUGCAUGGGUAGAGAAAGAGUGCGAAGGGAAAGAAGUAGAGCAUGUGCAAGAGGAAACCUCAGAUUCUGGAACUGAGGCCGUACUGGAACCAAACUUUGGAUCCAGAACGAGCAGUCCAGCGUCCGAGUAUGAGCCUGAAGAAGCUUUGUUUAGCAACGAGACAGACUUUGGUCGAGAUGAAAACAUCUUAAAGGAGGAAGCAGCUGAGAUAAAACAAGAAAUACGCAGUUGUGUAGCGGGAAUGAAUGCGACGGACGUCGAGGAUAAGUUGUACCCUGAUGGAGAAGAGAUGGAUACGUGGGAUAGUGUGAUAGAAAGGAAGCCUGAUCUGAAGACAGAUGAUGACGUGAAAAAGGAUGAAGAGAAACGAGUACACGCUGAACCAGAGGAAGACAUAUCAACAAGAGAGCGAGAGCAUGAACAGAGAGAAAUUAGGCAGGAUAUAGAUGGACACCAAGACGACAACAUGGCUUCUUCAGUGGUGGACACACAGGUAUAUGAUGCACCGCUUCCUGACAAUGAAGAAGAUGAUGAAGAGGAGGAUUCCCAAAAUGUCUCUGUGUCGUGGAGGACCGAGCUGGAGAGCGACAGCUACGCUCUGGAUAACACCCUCGCCGACACUCGUCCUUUGAUUCGAUACAAGAGCGACGAGACCGACGCCAACACUCAGGCGUCACACAUGGACGAGAGCGAGUCGAGUGAAGGCGAGCAGGACAAGAAGGCCGGAGAGACGGGGAGCGGAGCGUGGAGCGAGGGCAAGACGAAGAGGUUCGGAACUAUGGAAGAUCUGUGUGAAGAAGCUGAAGGGGAAGCACUGGAUGAGGAAUAUGAUCUGGGAUAUGCUCACACUGAGGACAGGGCUGUCGGCCGCGGUGUGAAUGAAAGUGAGCCUGCCACGCUGGUGAACGAUAAAGAAGAUGCAGAAGCAAUGAUCGGAGAUGUCAGCGAGGGACAUUCGGAUGAAGAAACUGAAGAACCCAUAAAUGUGGACUACAAUGAGGAGUUGGAGACGGACAGACUUGUAGAACAGGAACUAGAGAACUUAUCCACAGACAGAUACAGCGUCCACUUCGCGCAGCAGCAGGUCGGCGAGAGCGAGGAGAUGCUACAUCUGCAGCGCAGGUCUGUCGAGGAAAUGACCGGAAAAACAACAGCAGAGGACGCGUCUCGCUGUGUGACAGUAAACCACCAACUUACAUCUUCCUCCACACUUACAGAUCAGCCUCAUGACAUGCUAUAUUCCAGUGAUUCGUCAGCGGUAGUGCCUCAAACAGACACUCUGGCUGACGAGGGGGUCCAACAUAAAGAAGAUCAGGAAGCUCCAGAGAGAAGAGAGGAAGAGGAUGAACAGAACGUGUCCAUGGUGACACAUGUUGAUGUAACAGAAGAUCACACCGGCUUUAGUGACUUCAUCAGCAGGACUGAUGUGGAAGAAACUAACGGCUCAGAGGAAGCAAACUCUGCGUUACAGGUGACAGCAGAUCAGGGAAACCUGCAGGAUGUGGCGGUCCCCUCUGGGGUGAAAGAGGUGGGACCUGUCGAACCAUCCAGUGUGUCUCAAGAACGUCUCAUUGAGGACGUUGCAGAACGUCGGGAUGUUCCAGAAGCGUCCGAAUGGGAAGUCCUUGAGAACCCAACUGAGGUAAACAGGGAUGAGGAUGAAGAUUAUGAAGGAUGUGAUAAUGUGCCUGAUCCAGCUCUCCACGAUGACGGAGGCUCUCAUGAGGGCGCUAAAGACGAGCCCCUCCAGACCUCCCCCGACAGCGCGCCCGAUGAAGAAGACAUCUUUGUGGUGAAAGACUCGACACAGCUGCUGGACACAAACGGCAAAGACGGCAGCCUCCAUGGUUUCUUUAGCUCUGGUGUAAAGAAUGACUUCUGGGUGUCCUCCCUGGAGACCGGUGCCACAAACCAACCAGAUGACACCUGCAACGAAGCAGCUGAGCAAACCAAUCAGAAUCUAGCGUUUGCUGACAACCUGGUUUGGGGGGAUUUGCAAAACCCGAAUGUGGUUAACUGGAACUCCAGGGUGGAUGCUGACUCAGCGAAAGCCCUGGCUGCGAAGCAGGAGCAGGAGCAGAUGCACGUGGAGGUGAAGCAGGUGUUGUGCAGAAAUGUUGCGGAGGGGGAGUCGGUUCAUUCUGAAGAGUCUGACGUUGAGGCCGAAUCCUGGUCAUCUGGGGAGGAACCAGUAUAAACAGUAGUGUUAGCUUUAAUCAGUGUGUUAGUCAGAGGAAAUGACGUUUUCUGUAUCAUACAUUUACUCUGAAAACCAAAGUUGUGCCUUGGUGCGCACCUCAGUGACGCUAACCACCAAUGUGCCAAUUCAGUCUGAACAGAUACUGAGCACCUGUCUUGUCUCCUUGACUAACCAUUUUUCCUCUAUUGUGUGUGCAUGAUGACGAAGAGGGUUGGGAAUUUCUGCAUGAGGGAACGGCAUGAAGACAGAACAAAGAAUGUCCUCUGAAAGUCGAAGCGUUUAUUGAUUGCUGCCUAAUCAGAUCUUACUGACUGAUGGAAAUCAAUGAGACCAGAAGGGUCUGACUGCUCGUAGGGCUGCUGUGUUUCAGACUGCGUUCGUGUCUCAUUUCACCGGACAGUUAUUUAUCUUUGCAUGUUUUAUGUGUAGAAUGAGCGGCUGGUUGAGAAAGGUUUUUGUUAAACAUAACUGAUUAGGAUAAGCAGACUGUUGUGUUUGUGCUUGGUUUUCAUUGUCAUCCAUUCAGUUUUCGCUGCGGUACAUUUACAGCCCGAAAUAAACAGUAG